CAAGUCUUCAUCGAACAAGAUGACGACAUGCUGGAGGCUGCCAAAGCAUCUCUGGGCAUCUACCUACAGCUCACCAGGCUCAAUAAAUAAUUGUUGAAGGAAUGAAAAUACCAUGGAAGGAGGAAGAGCAGCGACAGAAGAAUGUUUCAGACGUUUAAAGAAUGGUUUUGGCUGGAAAGGUUCUGGCUCCCUCCCACAAUCAAGUGGUCGGAUCUGGAGGAUCAGGACGGCCUCAUCUUUGUGAAGCCCUCUCACUUGUACAUGACGAUUCCAUAUGCCUUCGUCUUGCUGAUCAUCAGACAUUUCUUUGAAAAGUUUAUUGCUGCCCCUCUGGCGAGGACCUUUGGCAUUAAAGAAGGUCGGAGGAAGAUCACGCCAAAUGCAGUCUUAGAGACAUUCUUCCAGAAGGGCACAAGAAAACCCUCCAAAACUGAUCUCUACAGCCUGGCCAAGAAGAGCAGCCUAACAGAGCGCCAGGUGGAGAGAUGGUUUCGGAGUCGGCGGAACCUAGAUCGGCCCUGCAGAAUGAAGAAGUUCCAGGAGGCCUGCUGGCGGUUCACAUUCUACCUCGUGAUCACCAUUGCUGGGAUUGCAUUUCUCUAUGACAAACCGUGGGUGUAUGACCUAUGGGAGGUGUGGAAUGGCUACCCCCGACAGACCUUGCUGCCUUCCCAGUACUGGUACUACAUCCUAGAGAUGAGUUUCUAUUGGUCUCUCUUGUUCAGCCUUGGCACGGAUGUCAGGAGGAAGGAUUUCUUAGCACAUGUCAUCCACCACCUCGCUGCCAUUAGCCUGAUGAGCUUCUCGUGGUGCGCGAAUUACAUCCGCAGCGGCACCCUCGUCAUGAUCGUGCACGACGUGGCUGACAUUUGGCUGGAGUCCGCGAAGAUGUUCUCCUACGCCGGCUGGAGGCAGACGUGCAACAUGCUGUUCCUCAUCUUCUCCACCAUCUUCUUCAUCAGCCGCCUUGUGGUUUUCCCCUUCUGGAUCCUGCACUGCACCCUGAUCAUCCCGCUGCACUACCUCGAUCCCUUCUUCUCCUACAUCUUCCUCAACCUGCAGCUUCUGCUGCUGCAGCUCCUGCACCUCUACUGGGGCUACUUCAUCCUCAAAAUGCUCAAGCGCUGCAUCUUCAUGAAGAAUAUCCAGGACGUGAGGAGUGAUGAUGAGGAUGAGGAUGAAGACGAGGAUGAGGAUGAGGACGAGGAUGAGGAGGGGGAGGUAGAAGCUACGGAAAGCAAAGAGAGAGACUGUUUGAAGAAUGGCCUUGGGGCCAACAGACACCUCACCCCCAACGGCCAGCAUGGCCGCUAGCUCUGAGCCCGCCAAUGCUGGGGCACUGCGAGCUGCCAGGACUGUCAGACGCUGGAAGUGGCCCCCUCCGUGUGGCCCGCAGCACCCACCGAGAACCCCGGGUCUGCCCACACCACUCCCUCCCCUGCCCUCCCAGUAUGUAUUUAAUGAAAUGUUGUUCACUU